AUGUCUCUACUUCUCACUCAAGCCAGUUCUUGGAUCAAUUCUAAUGAAACUCUGAAAAACUCCUCCAUAACAUUACACAUUCUCUAUUCGAUUUGUCACAAUAUAUUCGAACAUCCAUCGGAAAUUAAAUUGAGAACCCUCAAGUUGGAUAAUGCAAAAUUUAAAGCCAAUGUUCUCAAUGUUGAAGGAGCUGUCGAUCUGUUAUAUUUGUGUGGAUUUGAAAUGGAUACAAAUAGCAAUUGUUUAAUUCUCAAACAAGUGAAUGAGAAUAUGUUGAAGGAAUUACAUGAUUUGGGAAAUUUAUUUAAUAGUUAUUGUUCUGAUGAUGUUAAAUCACCAAAACCAACAACUGUUUCGCAUCAAUCAUCACAUACAACAGUAUCAUCACAUGAUCCUUUCACAAGUACUCCAGAAAGAGCUCCUCCAGUGGUUCGUCAUCAUGAUUUAUUUCAUCAUCAUGACACAUCUCCUCCACCAAUUAGCACUACACAAACAGUAAGCCAACAACAACAACAUUCAACAAGUCAUGAUUUCAAUGAUGAAGAAUAUUUGAAAAAACAACAUGAUUUGGAGGAGAGAAGAAAGCAACUUGCUGAGGAGAAACGAAUCAAGAAGGAGGAAGCCAUGAAAAUUAAGAAUCAAUCUAAAUUGGAUAGAAAGGAAAAACAUGAUGAAGAUGAAUAUGAACAUGGAUUGAAUAUUCCACAACAUCAUGCCACUCAUCAUCAAGGAAAUACCUCUUCAAAUCCAUUCUAUUCAGGAAUGACUACUUAUAAGGAUCUUGGUCAAUAGCUCUUUCUGCCUUUGUAAAUAUAUUUCACAUCACACAUUAAAAAAGCAAUUAAAUCUUGAC